ACUUUUGCACGUGCAAUUAUAGAUAUUUUUCAAUAAUCAAAUUUGCGACGUAUUUAGCCUAACUGCCACAUACAUAGCACUGCUAUUAAUUAUCUGAGUUUACUUUAAUCACGGAGGGUUGUUGAUGUUUUCUUGAAGGUAAAGGCUCACCUGGCAACCCCCCCAGGGAACUGCUGCAGCAGUGAAGGCGGGAGACUCGCGCUGUUUGUUGAGUACAGGCAACAAAGAGUAAAGAGCGAGCGAGCAAGCGAGCAAGCAAACGUUCAGUAGUCAGAGCAAUCGGCAGUUACAGGCACAGGAAGAGCAAGAGAGGGAGAGAGCGCAGAGAAGAAGAGUCAAGGCUUCCUACUCAGCGCACUGAUAUCUCAACUCGCAGUGGUUUCGGAAAGGUGUCCAUCAACCCCUCUCUGCCUGCUGAAAAAAUGAUUCCAAAAAUCGUCCUGUUUGGUUUGCUGGUCUGCGGCAGCCAAGCUGUCUUACAGGUGUCCAUUUCAUUGAACAAGGUUGAGCUUAGUGUCGGAGAGUCCAAAUUCUUCACCUGCACAGUCAUUGGUGAGCCAGAGAGUCUGACCUGGUACAACCCUCAGGGAGAGUCCAUUGUGUCCACCCAAAGGGUGGUCCUAUACACCGAAGGUGUGCGCUCGCGGCUCACUAUCUACAAUGCCAUUGUGGAGGACGCCGGCAUUUAUCGUUGCCAGGCCAAGGACGCCAAGGGUCUGACACAGGAGGCCACAGUGGUGCUGGAGAUCUAUCAGAAGCUGACGUUCCGGUCCGUUCAGACGCCACAGGAGUUCCGGCAGGGCGAGGAUGCCGAGGUGAUCUGCGAUGUCAUCAGCUCGCCGGUUCCAGCGGUGUCCUGGUUCUACAAGAAUAAAGAGAUUCUCUCUGAGCCAAACAACAGGUUCCAAGUGCUAUCUAACAACAACCUUCAGAUCCUGCGCGUGGGCAAGUCGGACGAGGGUGUGUAUCGCUGCGAGGCUCGUGUCGAGGCCAGAGGCGAGAUCGAUUUCAGAGAUAUCGCUGUGGUCGUCAAUGUGCCUCCGGUUCUGUCUGUGCCGCAGCAGUCCUUUAAUGCCACUGCUGAUGCAGACGAGUCGGUCACCUUCACCUGCAUCAGCUCCGGAUCACCUGACCCACAGGUCACCUGGCAUAGGAAGGGCCAGCUGAUCCAGAGCUCGGAGCAGCACGUGCUGGCCACUCUGGAGGGUGGCCGCAGCACGCUGAUGGUGCGGCGCGUGGGCCAGGGCGAUGGCGGGCCUUACACCUGCCGCGCCACCAACAAAGCCGGCAUCCUGGAGAGUCAGCUGGUCCUCAAAGUCUUUGUCCAGCCUCACAUCACUCAGCUGCGUAAUGUGACGGCGGUGGAGGGCAGUGCGGCACUCAUCUCCUGCUCAGCAGAGGGUGAGCCGCUGCCCGAGGUCUCUUGGAGACGGGCCAGUGAUGGACAGAGCUUCUCAGACGGAGACAAGAGUGCAGAAGGUCGUGUAGAGGUGCGGGGCCGCCAUGGGAAGUCCAUGCUCACCAUUAACGGUGUGCGCCUGACAGACUUGGGCCGCUUCGACUGCGAGGCAAAGAGUCGUAUCGGAGAACACCAGAAAAGCAUGUACCUGGACAUCGAGUAUGCCCCAAAGUUCCAGAACAACCACACCAUCUUCUAUUCGUGGGAGGGCAACCCUGUGAACAUCAGCUGUGAGGUGAUGUCCAACCCACCGGCCACCAUUCUGUGGCGGCGUGAGCGCUACACCAUUUCCAGCGAGCCAACCGCCAACACACGCGUCCACAGUGGCCCUGGGCGCUCACUCCUGGAGGUCACCCCGAUGUCAGAGAGGGAUUUUGGCCGCUACAACUGCACGGCGCGGAACAACAUUGGUGCACGCUACCAGGAGUUUAUCUUGGCUCAGGCAGAUGUCCCCUCAAACCCGUACUCUGUCCGUCUGACUGCUGUAGCGCAGCGGAUCGCCACGGUGGCCUUCAUGAAGCCCGACUCUCACGGUGGCGUUCCCAUUGGCCACUAUUUGGUCAAUUACAAAGAGCCAGCUCAUCAGGAGUGGAGGUCGGUGAGGUCACAUGGAGUCCAGACCACAGUGGAGCUCACUAACCUGGAGCCCAACACCACCUAUGAGGUGCGUGUUGCAGCAGUGAAUGGCAAGGGCCAGGGGGAGUUCAGCCACACAGAGACUUUCCAGACCCUCCCCAUCCGUGAGCCUAGCCCCCCCACGGUGCUCGGUCAGAGAGGGGUGGGGAAGGCGUAUCGGCUGGGACUCACCAAACAGGAUGACGGGGGCAUGCCCAUCGUGGAGUACAUCGUCAAGUACAAACCGGAUAAGGAUGACCAGUGGAUGACCAAGCUGGUCCCUGGCGUGAGCGAGUUUGCCCUGCUCCAGCCCCUGCAGUGGAACACGCGCUAUAGUGUGGAGAUCACCGCGCGUAACAUCAAAGGCCUGUCCGAGCCCACCUACUUCACCUUCCUCAUGCCCCAGAAGCCGGACAUCACAGCAGACUCCCUCUUCAGCAGCCUGGGCCUGGGCGCGGUGGUGGGUCUGGGUGUGGCAGCCGUGCUGCUGCUGCUGGUGCUGGUGGACGUCAGCUGCUUCUUCCUGCGCCAGUGCGGCCUGCUCAUGUGCCUCACCCGACGCCUGUGCAGCCGCAAGAGCGCCACCAGCGCCAAGGGCAAGGAGCUGGAGGAGGGCAAGGCUGCGUACCUGGGCGAUGGGUCCAAGGAGCCCAUUGUUGAGAUGAGGACAGAAGAGGAGAGAAUAACAAACGCAGAGGAUGGGAGCCCUAUGAACGAGCCCACUGAGACCACCCCCCUCACUGAGCCAGAGAAACUCCCGUUGAAAGAGGAGAAUGGCAAGGAGGUCCUCAAGCCAGAUACCAUCGAGAUCAAAGUCCAUGGCGAAAACAGCCACCACACAAAUGCCGGCGACAGCAAGGCAUAAUGUGCCCCCCCCCCCCCUCCUCCUCCUCCCGCUUUGAAACUUCACCCCUCCACAGUAUCUUUUUCCCCAAUCCAAUUACGGAGAUUGACCUAGCCCAGCUGCACUGAGACCAAACCCAAGAAAUCAACAAAUGAACCGAGGAUGAAGGAAGAGUUCAAAGAAAAAAAAAUGUGGAACUGAAGGAAAUCCUCUAAGAACAAUGACUUUACUCAAGUGUGGCAGCACUCAUUUGUGAAGAGGAGCAUGUCAACAGAAAUUAUUUCCGUGUGUGUGUGUGUGUGUGUGUGUGUGUGUGUGUGUGUGUGUGUGUGUGU